AUGAGGCUGUUCACGCUCAUCCGUGUGUGGGUGAUGCGGGGUAAAGGACGGAGUCGUUCCAUGCAGGUUGGCUACGUCAAGGAGCAACCUGAGCUGCCAAGGGCAGCAGCCGGUGGGGUGCUGGGCGGGAGCGGAGGUGACUGCAGGCAGCAGAGUGCUGCAGUGCCGGCCCUGCUGCCCGCGUCCCGGCUGGCUGCAGCUGGUGCCAAUGUCACCCCCUCCCCUGAACACCCCCAGCCCUGCGCGGGCCGCGCUGCCCAUCUGCCUAUUGCAGCAGGAGGGGGCUGGCUGGACCCAGGCCCCGAGGCGGGGAACGUCAGCACGGAGCCCUCCAGCAGCACGUCCCACCCCAAGCAGGGCUGUGCCUGGAGCCCCCGUUCCGAGGGUGCCGAGGAGCCGCUGCUGCUCCCCACCUUCUCGCCCGCGGCCCAGGCCCGCGUGGCAGCCACCUUCGUGCUCUUCGUGCUCUCGGCCGGCUGCAACGUGGCGGUGCUGCGGGCGGCGGGGGGCCGGGGGGGCGGCGGGCGCUCCCACAUCCGCCUGCUGCUGCGGCACCUGGCUGCCGCCGACCUGCUGGUGACGGUGGUGGUGAUGCCGUCGGAUGCCGUCUGGAACAUCACGCUGCAGUGGCGGGCGGGCGACCUGGCCUGCCGCCUCCUCAUGUACCUGCGCCUGCUGGCCAUGUACGCCUCCGCCUUCGUCACCGUCGUCAUCAGCCUGGACCGGCAGGCCGCCAUCCUGCGCCCGUUGGCCAUCGCCCGCGCGCGCCGCAGGAACCGCGCCAUGCUCCGUGCCGCGUGGAUGCUCAGCGCCGCGCUCGCUGCGCCGCAGCUGUUCCUCUUCCACACCGUCACCCUGCACGCCCCGCACAACUUCACGCAGUGCACCACACGCGGCAGCUUCCCGCAGCCCUGGCACGAGACCCUCUACAACAUGCUGAGCUUCUCCUGCCUCUUCCUGCUGCCGCUGCUCAUCAUGGUGUGCUGCUACACGCGCAUCCUGCUCGAGAUCUCCCGGCGCAUGGGCUCCGGCCUCUUCUCCUCCAGGGACGUGCCGCUGCGGUGCUCUGGGAGCAACAUCCCACGGGCACGGCUGCGCACGCUGAAGAUGAGCCUGGUCAUCGUCUCCUCCUUCAUCCUCUGCUGGACCCCCUACUACCUGCUGGGGCUGUGGUACUGGUUCUGCCCACGGGCCAUGCAGCAAAAGGUCCCACCAUCCCUCUCCCACAUCCUCUUCAUCUUCGGCCUCUUCAAUGCCUGCCUGGACCCCAUCACCUACGGGCUCUUCACCAUCCCCUUCCAGAGGCGCUGCAGUUGUCCCUGCGGGCACAACCCUGAGCCUGAGCCACCCUCCUCAGCCACGGGUUCCUUCCACUGUUCGGCCUCAUCCCUGCGGGGCAGGCAGAGUACAGGGGGCACGGAGGGGCCACAGCCACCAAUCGAGCUGGGGCUGCCUGCUGGGGCUAGUUCCUGCCAGAGCAGUGCGCUGUGAGCCAGGGCCGCCUGAUGCCACGAAGAUGGCACUCUGUGUCCGG